UAAGCUUAAAAUAGAAAAUACAGAGAGGAGGAAAUGGCGACGUCGGGAACUUACGUGACGGAGGUGCCGCUGAAGGGAUCGGCCGAAAAGCAUUAUCGACGGUGGAGGAACGAGAACCACCUCUUCCCCGAAGCCAUCGGCCACCACAUCCAGGGCGUUACCGUCCACGACGGCGAAUGGGACUCCCACGGUGCCGUCAAAAUCUGGAACUACACUUGCGAUGGGAAGCAGGAAGUGUUCAAGGAGAGGAGAGAGAUAGACGACGAGAAGAAGGCGGUGACGUUUGUGGGACUGGAAGGGCACGUGAUGGACGAGCUGAAAGUGUACAAUGUGAUAUUCCAAUUCAUACAAACUUCGGAAGAUGGGUGCGUUUGCAAAGUCACUAUGAUUUGGGAGAAACGCAACGACAAUUCUCCCGAACCCAUCAACUACAUGAAGUUCGUGAAGAGCCUCGCCGCCGACAUGGACCAUCAUAUCAUCAAGCAGGCCUAAAUUUCUAUGGAUUAUCCAUCCAUGCACGAUAUCCAUGGAUUAUAUUAGUAAUAAUUAACAAUAAAACAUGUUUCUGUUUGUUGGUCUUUUGCAAGAUCUCUGCUACUAAAUGCAGAGCGUGAUCGUAUUGUUUUUAUAUAUAUGUUUGCAUGUAUGUAAGUUUGAAUAAGAAAUCCGUGUGAGAGAUGGGUGUUUUAUGUAUAAAAUCCAUAUUUUACAUUGA